GAUCAUGGCACCCAUCAUCAUCGUUGACCUGCAGGCGUGGGAGGCAGCGAAUCUCCCGGGGCUGGCGUUCCUCUCCGUGGUCAUCCUCUUCAUCCUCUCCAUCACACUCCUCGCUCUCUGUACGAGCUGUCAGAGACAGUCGUUUACUCUGGAUAACAGCGGUACAGUGGAGAGGAGCACAUCCACACUGGUUCGAGUUGUGAAUCAGGGAAAUGCCGCAGAGAACCCCGCUCCUGAAAGGAAUCCCACCGUGUUGCCCGAGGACCUCCAGCUCGGCCCCAAUCAGCAGUUCAAACACUGGAGGAGUCACACACUAGAACGCAACCCACAGACGACGGAGAAUGGAGGCAAGGCGACUCUGUAGGAAGUUUGACGAUGAGUAUGCACGCUAAACACUUCUAUCUCCGGAACGGCAUCAUCGCGCUCAGGAUUUAACCACAUCUGUCAUGGAAUUGAGUCUCACACUGUGUGUACACACACUGAAAAUGCUUAUCCUUAAAAACUGACAAAACCUCUCAGAAGAGACAUUAAUAACACCUCCUACGUCUUGCUGUUACCAUACCACGACUUAGCACAUCUACAAAACUGUUGGAGAGAAGAAAGUUCCAGAAAUCUUCAUGAAAGGAGCUUGAAAUGAAUCUGUGUUUUACAUCAUGACCCUCUGUGCACUGGGCCAAACCUUCAGGUUAGCACAGGAACCGGAUGAUUGAUCUUGGUGGUACUGAUAUUAACAUCACAAGCAUGAGUAAGAACAUCAAGAGUUCUAGCACACCACAGGAGUCAGAGGAACCUGCUCUACCUUUGCCUGAAAUAACAUAAAGAACUGACACUUCAAAUUCAAAAGCCUACCCUUAGGGAACCAUCACUGCACACUCUUCCAAAAAAAAAAAAAAAAAGGGGUCCUCAAAUGUUCUAGUUUUCUAAAGGGAUUCGACAUGAAACCUUUUUUUUUUGUCUGAAGGGAAAACCGUGUAUUAAUGGUUCCUCGAACGAGACAAACCCGUUAGGGUUCUCACUGAAAGGGUUUUAGACUGGGAUAAGAACGUUCAGAGUGUGUGAGAUUUAUCUCCACAGCCAAUUUCAUGGAAGUGCACUGAUCAACAUCUGUAUUUAAUUUCUAAAACAAUAAUAUGUUUAAAGUAAUAUCUAAACCAGCUAUCUGUAUGAGGUGUAGGUCACUUUAUCUUGCUAACGUAUGAGGUUUCAAAUAUUAUAAAACUGUAUGUGGAUUUCCAAAUUUACCAUUGGUGCUGGGGAAUCUGAAAUUUCUAAAAUGAAGUCUACACGAAGUUUAUGUGGAAUUCAGGGCACUAAAACCAAAGUAUUUCUAGAGUUCUCCCAUAUCUAACAGUAUACUAUAUUGUGCAUUUAACUCCUAUUAUUAACCUAAAUAGAAGUGAUUAACAACUAUUAACAAUUAACCGGGUUAAUUAAACAGGUGAAAAUUAAAUAGUAGCUUUGGUAAAGUUACUUGGUAAAUUAUUUCCCACUUUAAGAGAAGCUAGGAUCAGUUUAACGGUCUGUAUGAAACCAAAACUGAGCUAUGUAAAAGAAACUUUCCAGCUCACACUACGGACUGUCUGUACAAACACGUCACACUGGGCCUCAUUUAUCAGUCAUGUUAUGAGUAAUUUUUUUCGUAGGCCAAACAGAACCAAAAAUUCCCACCAGAUGUACAAAAGAUUCCCUGAUUUUCUUCAAAUUCACGUGCGUAUGUUGAUGAAUGGCAAUCAGCUGAAAAUUACCAAGUGCUGAUUUAUAUUUAGCCAUGCUCACAAUACGCCGUAAAGGCAAAGCUCACAGAGAGCUGAAAAUGACAAAAUGGCGACUGAACGCUAAAUAUUCCAGUAAUGCAGCUCAGCCACUGCAGCGCAUCUCUCUAAACACAUGCUAACUCUUCCUCCUUUUAUAGGGUGCCAUUACUUGUGUCCUAAUGGAAUGUGUAGUCUUAUUUAUGUUCAUUUAUGGAUUUAUUUUGCACUGUUUUCAGUUCUUUAAAGCUAUUCAUAUGAAAUGACUGAGUUUCACAGAACGUUCAUUAAACUGGUGUGUAAUUGACGUAAAUAAGCAAUUUAAACUUGACCAGCGUAAUCUGUUUAUAAAAUCACAGUAACUCGUCGUUAAUUCUACGAUUUGAAGCCGAUCAGUGGAGGUUCAGAUUACUGAGUGUCCUUAUUUACACACUCAGGAGCUAAACUAACUGGAUUUUCAUGAACACCACAUUUCUAGUGUAAAUACUCUGCAAACAAUUGUGAGUAAAGCCGUUCGUAUUCAGCGUGAUAAAUGAGGCCCACUGUGAGCCAUCAUCAGUUAAUCAGUAAUCACCUGCAGCGGUGCUUCACGAAUAGGGUGUGAGCCGUUAUAUAACCAAGGACGUGGUGUGUAUCUGUGUGACUGAAAAUAUGCAAAUAGUUAACUCCUUGUAAUCUCUUUUCUUUUAAGCCAUUUUAUAUGUACGCAACACACGAUGUUGUGAAAAUAAAUGAGAGAAACAACA